CUGCUGGUCUGAUCUGCACAAAGGACGGAGGAUGACUGACUCAAAUGAAGAAAUGCUUUAGAAAACUGGUGAUGAUGGCGUCGCGUCCCUUCUGUUCACGUGCUUAUGCUCAUUUUUACUUGGGAAGGGCACCACGCUUUGCAGUUUGCUUGGUGCAUCUUCACGACCUUUUGACCCACUUUUAACAAUACAGAGGUGGAUAAUAUUUUAUCCUAUCUAUUUAUUCCAGACUUAUGAAUAAGACUCCCACUAUAUGUCUUAUAAACCCAAUAUUAAUGCAGAACUACAUCAUGUAUGUACUAAAUAUUCAUAUGUGAUGACAGUGUCAACACCGCGAGUAAUGGUGAUAAGUGUGGUUGACUGAUUAAAAGUCAUACAAAAAAGCAAGAGCAUCAGAACAUCUUUAUGAUGCCAAUUUGCCAUUAAACUUGUAUUUUGGACGAUGUGUAAAUAUGCAAAGAGAGGCUCAGUUCUGAUUGAACCUUGUUUCUUGGCUGAUAAAUAAAUUGCAAUAAAAUGGUGGUUCUUCAUACCCUUCAGAAAACUGUGAUAUUUUCACUUAUUUCCAUAUUUUCUGGCUGUCUACCAGCAAUACAAGCAGCGAGUCAUCCUUAUCUUCAAGCUAUCCAUGUUUUAGAUCCCGAGGUCCAGGAAUUCAAGUAUCACAACAGUUGGAAUGCGGAUCAGUGGGUUCAAUGGGUUCGAAAUCUGUAUAAUCAAGACUUGGCUGAGCUGAGGAGAAAUCGAUCUGAAGGCGAGGCUUCUGGGCCACGACGACACGGUCAGUGGGUCAACAUCAUCAUAAUUGCGACUCCGGAAGAAAUAAAUUCAGCUUUUUCCCAACUCUCCACUAAAUCUUACCCGGAUGAUAAGCCCGAUUUUCUAUGGAGUGACAUCUCAUUUCCCGUGUUCGUUGUUGUGAGGAAAUCCAUGACUAAUCAGGGUGCAGAUGAUAACGAUCUCCCAAGUUCUCACUUUAACGUCUUCAACUGUUCCGACAAGAAAAUGUACAUUAAUGCCCAAGUUGAUGUGUCCACUUUCAUUCCGCUCUCCAUUAAACAUUUGUUUCCUAAAAAAGUUAAAAAUCCAAUAGACACACUAAGGAUUCCACUAAUUACAUGCACCAAAGUUGGUAAAGCCAGAGGACUCUUGGACGAGAUAAUGUUUCAACUUAAAAGCAGAUAAUUAUCAUUCUGAAGUGUGCAUUUUCAUUUAUUUCUAAUUUAUUUGUUUGUUGUACAUAUAUGUAUUUAAACAUAGGCAAAACAGUACGUGAUGUAUAAUAAAUAGUUUACUUAAAACUUUUCAUCAUUCAUUUUCGUAUAAACUUUUAAAUAUUCCGUUGCACUAAAAUGCUAUGCAGUUUGUAUCCAGCCUACAAUACACGUUGCACAUAAUCUGUAGUUAAAAUAUCUUGAAGUUGUUGAUGGUGUUACGUAAACGCAUGCAUGCAGACUGCACAUGUUAAUUGUAUUUUUAACUUUAUGAGCUUUUUGUGUGAAGCAUCUUACCUUUCACGAAGUUAUUAAAUAUACACAAUCAAUACAGUCAACUCCAGUCUGGUUGUUGCAUAAUUACAUGACACAUACCCAUUUAAACUGUUUGGUGGUAUCAAAAAUUUUAGUCGUUCGUUCAUUUAUACCAACUUCCGGCCUAAAACUAUGAACACCUGGACUUUCUCAUCAUGGAUAAAAUCCCAACCAGAGGAGAAAGAACGGACAUACUUUAGAGAUAAACUUCAAAUUUUAUCAUUAGCCUUCCUGUUCUUUGUGUUUGUACUUUUAUUUGUUCUCAUAUUUGCUGCCAUUGGGGUAUUGUGGUCGUUGAAAGGCCGAUACGGAUAUAACAGAAUCAUCGAGCCGGCAGAUACUUUGCCAAUUAACGACAGGAAAGAGUGGUCAGUCACGGAGUCCACCUAUGGAAGGGCGAAACCGAAGGCACUAAUUUUUAGAGAAGAAUUUAAUACCCUUGAUCUUGAUUUGUGGGAUCAUGAAAUUACCAUGAGUGGCGGAGGAAAUGGAGAAUUUCAAGUGUAUCAAAAUAACCGGUCAAAUAGCUAUGUGAAAUAUGGAAAACUUUACAUAAAACCAACCCUCACAGCGGAUAAGUUUGGAGAGGAUUUUUUAUACGAAGGAAAUUUGCAAUUGGGAGGUCCUGCGCCGGCAGACCAAUGCACAAACCCUUUGUGGGAGGGAUGUGAGCGUCGGGGCACCCAAAAAAGUAUUCUCAACCCAAUAAUGAGUGCCAGGCUUAGAACUGUACACUCCUUUGCCUUCAAGUAUGGAAAAGUGGAGAUAAGAGCGAAAAUUCCAACAGGCGAUUGGCUAUGGCCAGGAAUUUGGCUUCUUCCUUUGAAAAACCAAUACGGUUCAUGGCCUGCUUCUGGAGAAAUUGACAUUCUUGAGGCCCGAGGAAAUACCGAUUUAAAAGACAAAGAUAAAGUGCAUAUUGGCACGGAACAAGUGUCUCAAACUUUGCACUACGGACCCUUUCAUCCCAUCAACGGAUGGCAGAAAACACAUUUUUCAACAAACUCUGAUAAAGAUAGCAAAGCGUAUGACAUAGAUUUUCAUGUGUAUGAGUUGCAUUGGACGCCAGAUUUUAUCAAAUUCAGUAUUGAUGGAGAUCCUACAGCAGAGGUGCAUCCGACGGAGGGUGGCUUUUGGGAAAUUGGGGGGUUUCCUGAUAAUAUUGACAAUCCUUGGAAGUAUGCAGAAAACCCUAAAAUGGCACCAUUUGAUCAAAAGUUUUACAUAUUACUGAACGUUGCUGUUGGUGGGACCAAUUCCUAUUUCCCUGACUCGGCAAAAGGUCCUUAUACGAAACCCUGGAAAAAUAAUUCUCCUACGCCCAUGCUGGACUUUUGGAAGGGGAAGAAAAACUGGUGGGCAACAUGGAAAGGAGAAGAUGCUGCCUUGGUGGUUGAUUACAUACGCGUUUAUGCAAUUUAGACUUUUUUUUAUAAAAAAAACAAUCGAACUAAAACCAAUUUCAUAUAAGAAACCAUCAA